AUGGCAACAAACGAUAUUAAAUCCCCAAACCCAAAUCGCAUGUCCACCAUCUCCACCACAUCUGCAGCAACCGAUGCCUCAGCCACUGCUGAGCUUUCUCUCGUUGUAGAUGAACUUCUAAAUUCUCUCUCGAAUAAAUUCGCUGGUGUCUCGAGCGAGAUUUUCGCAAAGAUGGACGAGAUGUCGCGCCGUCUAGACAAUCUCGAGGCUACACUGCAAAGUAAUAUGGAUCCAAAGGGGGAUGGCCGAGGCAGCCCUACGAAGAUGUAA